AGUCGGUCUGUGGGGUCGAUCUGGUGAGAAGCUACGGUCUAUCUCUCUGUCUCGGCAGAAGCCAUGGGUCCUGCGCUGCUGCUGCUGCUGCUUGGACUGACCCUGGCUAGUCUGUCUCCGUCAGCAACUGGGAGUGUCCAAAGAUCACCUGACCACCAUGCCUCCAUAGAUGAAGAUUAUGCCUAUUAUGACUACACUGAAGACCCCUCGACGGGUGAUUAUGACCUGAGUUGGCUUACUGAACUGUUUGAUGUGCUUGAUGAGUGUGACCCGAAUCCAUGUCUCAACAAUGGGGUAUGUGAGAAUUUGGUGGAUGGUGGAUACAAGUGCUCCUGCCCAAGACCUUAUAAAGGCAAACAGUGCCAAGCAACUGAGGAUCCCUGUAAGAAAGCCAAGUGUGGCCGCGGAGAGUGCGUCCUCACACAAACGGCUCCCUUCUAUGAGUGCAAAUGCGAUCCUCCCUUUCAGGGACCAAACUGCAGGAAAGCUUCCAGGUGCAAACCAAAUCCCUGCAUGAAUGGUGGUACCUGCAAGAAAGGACGAACCCGAACCAAGUUUGAGUGUGUCUGCCCGGCUGGCUACAGUGGAAAGUUCUGCCAAGUUGGGCCUAACGACUGCGUUGAGGGGGACGGCGAGUCAUACCGGGGCUUUGUGAGCGUGACUGAGGACGGAGUCAACUGUCUGCCAUGGAACUCUCACCUCAUCCCUGGUGGAGUUCUUGACGAUAGUAUCGACGGACUGGGACCCCACAGCUAUUGCAGAAAUCCUGAUGGUGAGAGCGCCCCUUGGUGCUUCAUCAGAAAGAAGAAGAAGCUGGACUGGGACUUCUGCAAUAUCAGGAAAUGCUCAGGAUCAGAUAUUGUACCCACAGUCCCUCCCACCAUCCCUGUCAUCAAUGAGGCCACAGACCCUCCCUCCAGUGGUCAGUUUGCCCAGUGUGGAAAGCCCGAGCCUGGCCGCGCCACUGCCCGGAUCUUUGGGGGGAGGAAAGCCCUGCCUGCGGCCCACCCCUGGCAGGCCUCUCUGCAGAUCAAACCCAGGGGCUCCUUCUCGCCCUUCCGUCACUCAUGCGGAGGCAUCCUGGUGGGAUCAUGCUGGGUCCUCACUGCUGCACACUGCAUUAAUCCCAUGGACGAGAUGCAGGUGGAGUUGGGUGGCAUCAACCUGGACAAGACGGAGGAGUUUGAGCAGAUCAUUCCUGUUGAGAAGGCCAUCAUUCACGAGGACUACAGGGAGGCUCCUGACGCACUCCAUAACGAUGUGGCUAUGCUGAGACUGAAGGGUCCGAAGGGCCAGUGUGCCAAAGAGACCAGGUUUGUGAAGACGGCCUGCCUGCCUAGCGGACCGCUACCGGACUCCACUGAGUGCUCCAUAUCGGGAUGGGGGGCCACAGAGCAAGAUGUUUACAGCAACCAGCUGCUAUCAGCCAAGGUGCGUCUGAUUUCCAAGGAGCGCUGCACAGCUCCCACCGUCUAUGGCACCAGGUUGGAUGAGAGCAUGAUCUGCGCUGGAAAGAUGGAAGGAGGGGUGGACUCAUGCCAGGGCGAUUCUGGUGGUCCUCUUGUGUGUCAGAAGGAUGGGACCUACUAUGUGUACGGUGUCGUGAGCUGGGGAGAUAGCUGUGGGGUGAAGAACAAGCCGGGGAUAUACGCACGGGUCAACCACUUCAUCGACUGGAUUGCAGCUAAAUUACUAUCAGACUAGUGGCACAGAUUAGUGUGUGUGUAUGUGUGUGUGUGUGUGUGAGAAUGUAUUGCAGCAGGGUUACUGAAGCCAUCAAGCAGUUGCUGUUGAAAAACAUUUCUUUUUUUAAUUUUAAGUUUAAUGAAGUUUGUCCUAAAGCUGAACUGGCAGCCAGACAUCCUAGUAAAAGUCUGAUAAAGUAA